UGUCCGGGAGCAUUGAGCGCGCGCGGCGCUCUCUCCACUACAUCGCACCACUGCGGUAGGAGCAGCGGAGGCAGCAGCAGAGGGAGACCCGGCAGACACACUUCACUUGUUCCUGCACAAGCAAACGUCCAGGUGGUGAGUUCGUCUCUCUGCCGACUUUGUCACAGAGGAGGACUUUACCUGAGAGGACAUAUCACAACAGCCCAGCGACAGCAAAGGAGGGAGAACUUUUGGCUACUGCUCCGUGAUUUCUUUUUAUACCACAUCUCCGUAACCUUGGAAGUCAGACCUGUUUAUUGGGAGAGGAUGGGACCGCUACUCCUAUCCAUCGCCCUGUGUUUGGGCGCCGCUGUCCCGCAGCAUGUGAAAGCAGAUGGUGAGGAACCAACUUCAGCAGGCCCUUGCCAUCCAAACCCUUGCCACAACAGAGGAACAUGUGAGAUCAGUGAGACCUACAGGGGCGACACCUUUAUUGGUUACGUCUGCAAGUGUCCACCAGGCUUCAGUGGAGUUCACUGCCAACACAAUAUUAACGAAUGUGAAAGGGACCCAUGCAAGAACGGGGGCAUUUGCACAGAUCUGGUUGCCAACUAUUCCUGCGAAUGCCCAGGGGAGUACAUGGGGCGGAACUGUCAAUACAGAUGCUCUGGACCGCUGGGCAUGGAGGGCGGUAUAAUCUCCAACCAACAGAUAACAGCUUCUUCCACCCACCGUGCUCUCUUUGGCUUGCAGAAGUGGUACCCGUACUUUGCACGCCUCAACAAGAAGGGCCUGGUCAAUGCCUGGACUGCUGCCGAAAAUGACAGAUGGCCAUGGAUCCAGAUAAACCUGCAGAGGAGAAUGAGGGUCACAGGCCUAAUUACCCAGGGUGCAAAGCGUAUUGGCAGCCCAGAGUACGUCAAGUCAUACAAAGUAGCCUACAGUGAUGACGGGAAGACCUGGAGAACAUACAAAGUCAAGGGCAAAGAUGAUGAUAUGAUUUUCAGAGGAAAUGUCGAUAACAACGCUCCAUCAGCCAACUCCUUCACCCCACCCAUUGCAGCCCAGUACGUGCGCAUUUACCCCCAAGUCUGCAGGAGGCACUGUACCUUACGCAUGGAGCUGCUCGGUUGUGAGCUAACAGGCUGCUCUGAACCACUGGGAAUGAAGUCAGGCCACAUCCAGGACUACCAGGUCACAGCCUCCAGCAUCUUCAGGACGCUCAACAUGGACAUGUUCACUUGGGAGCCUGGAAAGGCCCGGUUGGACAAACAAGGCAAGGUCAAUGCUUGGACAGCUGGACAUAGUGACCAGUCACAGUGGCUACAGGUGGACUUGCUUGUGCCUACCAAGGUGACAGGUAUCAUCACCCAGGCCAAAGACUUUGGCCAUGUCCAGUUUGUUGGCUCAUACAAACUGGCGUACAGUAAUGAUGGGGAGCGGUGGAAUGUAUAUCAAGAUGAGAAACAGGGGAAGGACAAGGUAUUCCAAGGGAACUUUGACAACGACACACACCGAAAGAACGUGAUAGAUCCACCCAUCUACGCUCGGCUCAUCCGGAUUCUUCCCUGGUCAUGGUAUGGCAGGAUCACCUUGCGUGCAGAAGUACUUGGCUGCACAGAGGAAGAGUGAAGUCCUUUCAUCCAUCUUUCUUGCCAUUGUCCCCCAUCCCUUGGCAUACUGGAGUAUCUCGCCCAGUAUUUCAAAAAUAAACUGUGCAACCUGUAAAAAGAAUUCAAUUUCCAAUGGAUUUUUCAAUAAUACGUGUUUGGUUGUGGUGGGUUGCUGUUUGUUCUUUUUGUACAAUGAUUUAAAACCUACCCUUAAUCCAGUUUUGUCUUUUAGUUCCUUCUUCAAAGUGUGAUCUUUGUCUUUUUAUUCUUCUCAAAAUUCACCAUCCUGUUUGGAAUGUAUUUCUGUAAUAUAUAUAUGGGAGGGGUGGGGUUGGUAGUGGAGUUGGAGAGGGGUUCUUGCUGUGGUUUUAACUUGUUGCCAUGGAAGCUAUUGUACAGUAUCACUUUUUAACAAAGAUGUGAAAUCUGUCUGCCAUGCUUCAUUGGACAUUAUUAACCAACUUCAUGCCAUAACUAAACUGUCUAAAAUACCAUGUAGAGAUCACACGUUAUCACCUUAUCAAAUAUAUUUUUACUUUGAUCACUUCCUCAAGCCAUGCUUUUACCCUAAUGGCAUUACUACUACAUCAAUCAAAACACUAUUAAUGCUCUUGUAUUAUAUGUAAAAGACUAAGAAAUUGCAUGGUGCGUGAAUUAUAAAUGUAUAUUAUGACAAAUCAUUUAAAACCUCCAGCCCUGAGAGAAAUGGCUUUGAUUUAGGGACCUAUUUUUAUGUGCAUUUUUAAGUAGUUCUGAAACAUUACAACACACUGCAAAAGCUUACUGAAGAUAACUGAUAUGUGAGACAAUAAAUACGCACUACAGUUAAACGUGGCACUGCAGUACUGAGACUUGUAGACCGUCUAUAGUUGAAUUGUCUCAAUGCUCUAAUAUUUGAUUAUCGCUACACUUUUUCUAAGAUAUUUUGAAUUAUUGUUUGUGCUUGUUCUUUUUUGUAUUUAUUAUGAUUAAUUUGUCUCAGCUAGGGCUGGGACGGUAUGGAUUUUUUCUACCGUGGAUGAAAAGCAAGAAAUUCCUGCGGUAGUGCGAUAUACCGCAACCCCCUUACGAGAGUGUGAGUGACGUCAGUGUACGUGUGCAAGGACAGCGAGCAGUACCUGAGAGUAGCGUAUGAGUGCCACUGUUUAGAAAAGAGAAAGGAAAAAGAGAUAACAAAGUUGAUGUAAAGUAAGAUAAAAAAAAUAAUAAAACAACAAGCUAGAGCUUUUCAAGACGCAGUGGCUUUAUAUAUUGUCAAUAAUGCUGGUAAAGUGAAUGGCAUUACCCCCAAAAAAACAUUGACUUAAAACCUUAGUCUACAACAUGUGUUGCAGCCGUCCAGCAGCUGAGCAGGCAGAGAGGGAGACUCAGCAGUUUGCUAACUUGUUGCUCUCUCUACUAAUAUAAGCCGCUCUGUUUUAGGCUACAAAACGUGCAUGCAAGCUGAAAUUCAACCGUGACGUUUUAUCAGGAUAAAGCUAUAAGCAGAAGGACACUCCGGAAGCUGCUAGGCUAAUGUGCAAUUGUAAACAUUGCAGCUGUAACGUUAAUUUGUCUACCUCAGCUGAGAACGGAGAAAUGUCUUUGCCUUCCCAACCGUGUAUGUUAUGUGUCAUGGGCCAGUGCCCUCCCCAACUUGUGAAAGGUCGGAUUUGCUCCAUCUUUUGAUAAGUUUUGUGUAGAAAACCUUGAAUCCAUGUAAGACACAAUGCCAUAAGACACAACCCGUGUCAUUAGAAUCAAUGAAUCCAUGUCAUUAAACACCGUUCGCAGACCAAUGUUUUUUGCUGUGAUGACAGUGAGGAGCUCAGACCCGGUACUACGGUAAUGCUGUAACCGUCCCAGCCCAUUCUCAGCUGUCCGAUGCAUAAACUCUGUGUUUAAUGUCUCUCUGUUGUCUUGGAGAUCUAAGUUGUAUCAAUUACAAAGCUCAGGAUAGAUGUCAUUCAUAAUUUUGACCCACAAAUGUAUCAAUUUAUACCACCUAUUUUAAGAUUUCUCUUUAAUAUUGUUUAAAGAAAAUGUUGAAUGAAUAUGAGCAAUUAUUUAAACCAUGUCAUGUAUGUAUAAUUCAAACAUUGAAAGCAGUCUUUUUUUAUUAAUCCCUUUGAUACAGUAUGAUAAAUGAUAAUUGUUAAUUAUUUUUCAUCUUUUUUCAAAAGAGAGCAAAUGUCAAUAUUAAUAUAUUAAUCAAUGUAAUUAUCUCAAGCCUACAAUGAUGAUGGACCGUGAGCAGUACAGAGCUUUAAUUUAAAUAUGGACAGCCUCUUUAUUUCAGGGGUUCUAAUCUUUAUUAUCAUCCUGGAGAAGAAAUUAUAUAGUAAUGAAAUGUAAAAGAGCUUGUGGGUAUUUUCACACGACAUGACAGCAGCUCUCUGCAUGUUCAAAUGGUUUCAGGGAGCUAAAAAUAGUGAGACACCUUAAGGUUACAGGGGAUGAAAUCUAUUCAAGCCAUUUUCACUGUAUGGAUUUUGCUGUUGGCUAUAUCAUUCAGUAAAUGAACAGUGAUGCUUGGCUGGUUAAAUAAAUGGAAGUAAACAAGUACCUGAUGUAUCACAGCAGUGUCAAGCCUUACAGUCCCAUUCCACAUGGCUUAAAAAUAGGCCUGGAUUACUCUAGAGGUUCCCACUCUUGACUAGUUUUCCCUAAACUCUCGAGUGCUGAAAAGAGCAACUUUUAUGCUUGGUUUCACAAAAGACUUGCCACCUUUCAGUCACUGAACUAUCCAAUCAUUUCAUACGGACACAAUGUAUUUGAUCUGAGAGUGCUGCCCAGCCUGAAAAACAAAAUACAACCUUUUUUUUAUUUAAUGCACCCACCUCUCCAAAUAGACUACAUUGGAAAUAAAAGAGUGCCACUGUUAUUUUCAACACUUAAUUCUAAAAGCACAGCAAGAAAAAAAACACCAAUAAAAUGUGUCACUGUUGAUGCUUAAUUUAUAUCAGGAGCCAGGGCAUUUUUAGCAGUCAUGCCAUGACCAUGGAUGUUGUUGUAGUUGACAAGUAACCGUAAAAACUAAACAAAAACUAAUUUUGAUUGUUAUCUGGAUAAUUUAAACUGAGUAUAACACAUUUUAUUCUGGUUUGGCAAAUCACAAUAGGAUAUCUUGGAAACAUGUACUUGUGUUACUGUACUUCAAUGUAAGUUACACUGAAAGACUUUGCUGUACAUUACAAACAUGUGAAAAUUGUUAUUGGUGUGAAUCAGUGACUGCCAUUCCUUAGGUUGAUGGACACAGGCUAAAUUAACAGAUGAUUUCAAGUCAAUUGUUGAUUGCCAAAUAACGACAUAUUGGCCAGCGUCUGCUCUGAUUGAUCUUUGUAGUCAGCUUCCUGUCAGCAGGCCUGCUAAAAAACUUUGAGGAAGUUUGCAUGAUGUAUAAGUUUAAACAGUACAGUAUAACACAGAUGUCCACAGGCACAUUAUGUUCUUGCAUACCAUAAAGAUCUAAUAGCUUUUACUUUGUACUCGCCAUCGAUUGUCUUGUGCAUUGUAAAACUUCAUCUCACAUUUUUGAAAAGGGAGCAGAGUGAAAACUCAUCCUGUCCUUGUAUUUUUGUGUGCACUCGUAUCAUUUGUUACCUCCUAAGUCUGAGUGUUAAUCACUAUCCAGAAAAUGUACCUAUUAUAAUGCUGGUUAGCUUCAAGUCUGCGGAGGAGAGUGAGAAACUGUGUACAGUUAAAAAAAGAUGUUUAAAAUAAAAAAAAAUAAAAAAAAGCUCUUUUGGUUUGACAAAUAAAAACAUAUCUGUGAAAAUGA